ACAAACCAACUGAUCAUAGCAACGGUAACUAUGUGGAGGUGGGAACAGCUUGUCGGCCGGGGCUGAGACUUGGACAGAGAGAACAGACAAGAUCUAUGUACACAGAGAUCCAAUUGUUAAACAAAUGGGAUCACCAAGGAUAUGAUCAGUUAUUAUGCAGGUGGAUAGAAAUAGGUAAUUCCAUUCUGAAGAUAGAAAAAUAUUACUAUUGCAGUACAAAGUAACGGAAGAAGGCAAGGCCUGGCAGCAAAGGAUCUCUAUAACAACAAGUACAACAAAGCGGAGUGCAGGCUGUCAUUCAGAAAUGGCAGAAAUGAAGAACUAAUGUUCAUUUAUAUUGUUGUAUACAUAGCAUGGAAAGUCAGCCUGUAAUAAUGGAUAUUCAGAUUCAGCAGAAGUCAGAUGAGCAAUUCAGUUUGACACCUGAAAACGUCCAGCGACCGGAAGCCAUGUACUCUGUAGCAACCAUCACAGACAUUAAUCGACUAGUUCACUCACACAUUCCUGAAUUCACCAGGAGACACCCAAUAAUUCCCAAACGUUAUGUGAUGCCCUGGAAACAAGACAUGGUCAACAGGAAGCUCAUUCUAAGGCAUGCAGAUCAAUCUGGGGUGUUCAGAGGUCCCCAGGAGGAGAGCCUGUUUCUGGAGAACAAAGAAAGGUUGUGUCAUGGAGAAGUUUGUCACAUCCCCAUGGAGAAGAUGAAAAUCCCAUCAGAGAAGCAGCACACAAAUUUACCCCUACACUCUCCUCUUUCUAGAUACCAGACCUACGUGAUUAACCAGAGAAGCCGUAAUAUUACUGACAAAAGGACCCUAUCUCUUUCCCAUGAGUGA